AUGGUCCAGUACGCGGAAGAGACACCAGCUCCUGCUUCGAGAGUCCGCUACGCACCUGAGGAUCCAAAUCUCCCCUGGCCGUGGAUAGGUCUUGUGGAUAUGAGCAGUGGGGAUCUCAUCACCCUCGGAAACCUAUCUCCGUCACAUCAUCUCAACUUCUUCAUGGAGGGAUUCUCCACCAAAGGUUUGGAAUCGCUGGAUUUGAACGAUAGUGAUGCAGACAUUCGAAAAAGCAGUAGCAGCAUCGUGAGCAGGAUGUACGUAGAGGGAUACGACACUUCGCUUUCUGGCCAUGAUUUCGUUAAGUCUAUCACUAAACAUUUCGAAUCAUGUGGAGAGGUGAUGAAUGUUUAUAUUCCCGGAUACUUUCAAGGCAGAAAUCUCAACAGAUUUUCCUUGAUGUAUAUUCGGGGAGAAGGUGCAGAAGAGAAGGCUUUGAAACUUAGCGGAAGUUACAUCAGCAGAGGAUACAAGUUGGUCGUUGAGUCUUACCCGUUUCACGCCAAACACCUUGACCAUAAGUUUGCUCGUGCGAGAUACGGAGACAAUAAGCGAGAUUACGGGAUGUCUUUUGAAGGAUUUGACACUACGCUUCCCCGUGGAUAUGUCGAGGGCAUUCUGUCUCAAGAACUCGCUAAAUGUGGACGUGUAUCUGUAUAUAUUUACCAAACCAAAGAAGGUGUUCUCAGCAGCAUCGCUAUGGUUACUGCUCAGGGAAUAGACACAGUAGAGAAGUUGCUGCAAGUUUGUGGUAGUGAUGUGAAAGGAUUGGAGAAUAUUAAAAGUCAGAGUAUUUUACCUCCACCUCCAGACGGAUCGAGCUCCACCUUUAUGCCACCCUGGUUUUUUGCAUCAUCUCCUUGCAGGACUACUUCGGUAAUGGAUCCUCAUCAGGAUCCAAAUCUCCCUAAGCCGCUGGGUAGCUUUCUCCCUUAUCCAUGGAAUGCUCGUGUGGAUAGUGGGGCUGGGAUAGCGUGCAUUAGGAGGAAUACAGAGACUGGUUUUGAACAGUAUGCGGGAGAGACACCAGCUCCUGCUUGGAGAGUCCGCUACGCACCUGAGGAUCCAAAUGUCCCCUGGCCGUGGAUAGGUCUUGUGGAUAUGAGCAGUGGGUAUCUCUACUUUUGGAAUACACAGACUGGUGUUACCCAGUGGCAGAGACCACCUUCAAACUAUAUACAUGGUUUGUUUUAG